AUAAAAGAUAUCUGUGUUUUCAGAAACAGAAAUGCAGAUAUUAUACUCUUUUACACCUGCAGAUAUGAGACUCAUACACCUUGUCUAAGAUUUGCUCUGAUGUCAGAGGUCAUUUUAAUUGAAGAUAAUAACACUGCUGAGACUAUUCUCUCUCACUCUCAAGCUUCUUCUGUUACUUUCUCUCUCUCUUCUGCAGAGAAGACUGUGUGCACACUGAAUUGUAAGUGUUUGACUCUGAAUAACUUCUGUUAUUUAUUCAGUUCUGUGUCUCUCUCUUCUAUUUCUUCUGUCUUCACUUUUUCUCUCUUGACUUCUGAUUCUGUGAGUUCUGUACUCUUCUUCAAUUUCUCUAUAU